AUUUCCACCGCAUUCACUUUUUGUACAAAGCACAACCAUGGGUAACGGGGCCAAGGCACAGAUGAAGCGCGAGCGCAACAGCAAGAACGCGGGCGGCAACAAGAACAGCCAGCUGGAGGUCAACAAGAAGGCUAUGAACGUGAUCUGCCAGGUGUGCCGCACGUCGUUCCUGUGCACCAUCUCGAUCAAGGCGCUCGAGGAGCACUGCGAGAACAAGCACGGCAAGAGCGUCAAGGAGUGCUUCCCGGGAUUCGAGCCCAUCCACAAGAAAUAGUAAAGCUUCAGGUCUACCCAAUACAUCAGGGUCAACUGUU